GGCUGGCGGCUGGCAGGGACAAAGAGCGGGAGGCAAGAGUGAGGGAGUACGGGUUGUGGCACAGUGGUGUUCAAGGCAGCGGAAGGAGCGUUAAUUACCACUGAACGAGUAAUAAUUCUGUGAAUAGUUCUAUCUAGAUUAAAAUGCUUAAUUUAUCACCCCAGAGAGCGUGCGUUGCGGGGCGUGGCGGAGCAGCGUGCGGUGUUUCCGCAGCAUUCUGCCCGGCACGGAGGGCGGGCGGGCGGCCCUGCCACGUGCCACGGGAACAGGGGUGGGGCCACGUCACGCGCCGGGGGGGCGCUGAGCGCCGUCCGUCACGGCCGGGGCUCGAACCCGGGCACCGCGAGGCGGGGCGGGGCCUGCGGCGGCCGGAAGUGAGGCGGCCGGAAGUGGGGCGGAGGAGGAGGCGGGCGGCGCCGGGCGCUGAGUGCCUCUGGGCGCUGCCGGGUGCCGGGGCCAUGAGCUACGAGCAGCGCCGAGACUGGGGCCGGGGCCGCGGCGGCGAUGGCGGCGCCUCCGGCGGCGGCGGCGGCGGGGGACACGGGGGCCGCGGCGGAGGGCGAGGCCGCCACCCCAGCCACCUCAAGGGCCGCGAGAUCGGGCUGUGGUACGCGCGGAAGCAGGGCCAGAAGAGCAAGGAGACGGACCGGCAGCAGCGGGCCGUGGUGCGGAUGGACGAGCGGCGCGAGGAGCAGAUCGUGCAGCUGCUGAGCGCCGUGCAGCCCAGGGCCGAGAAGGAGCAGGAAGCCAUGUCCUGGUGGUCGGGGGACGAGGAGGGACAUACUCCAGAACAGCCUCCAAAAGUGAAACCAGGUGCUGAAAAAGCUGAAAAGGCUCCUGCGAAACGGCGACCGCUCUUGGAGAAAACAUUUCUUGAUCAGGAUGUGGAAUAUCUCUUCGAAAAAAACAGUCAAGAUGCGGAUUUAGAUGAACAACUUAAAGAGGACUUAAGAAAGAAGAAAUCUGAUCCUAGAUAUAUUGAAAUGCAGAGGUUUCGAGAGAAACUCCCUUCGUAUGGAAUGAGACAGGAACUUGUAAACCUUAUAAACAAUAAUCGAGUGACUGUGAUAAGUGGUGAAACCGGCUGUGGGAAGACGACACAGGUUACACAGUUCAUCUUGGAUGAUUACAUAGAGCGAGGGAAAGGCUCCACAUGCAGAAUUGUUUGUACUCAACCCAGGAGGAUCAGUGCUAUCUCAGUGGCUGAGAGAGUUGCUGCUGAAAGGGCAGAAGCGUGUGGUAAUGGCAAGAGUACGGGAUACCAGAUUCGUCUGCAGAGUCGGUUGCCGCGGAAACAAGGUUCAAUUCUGUACUGUACCACAGGAAUUGUCUUGCAGUGGCUCCAGUCAGAUAAGCACUUGUCCAGCAUCAGUCAUGUAGUUCUUGAUGAAAUUCAUGAAAGAAAUCUUCAAUCAGAUGUUUUAAUGAGCAUUAUAAAAGAUCUUUUGAAUGUCCGCUUGGAUCUGAAAGUGAUACUGAUGAGUGCUACUUUAAAUGCAGAGAAGUUUUCAGAAUAUUUUGACAACUGUCCAAUGAUUCACAUACCUGGGUUCACUUUUCCUGUGGUGGAAUAUCUUCUUGAGGAUGUAAUUGAGAAGUUGAGGUAUACUCCAGAAAACACAGACCGUCGGCCACGCUGGAAGAAAGGCUUCAUGCAGGGACAUAUAAGCAGGCCAGAAAAAGAAGAAAAAGAAGAAAUCUACAGGGAGCGGUGGCCAGAAUAUUUAAGGCAGCUGCGGGGCAGGUAUUCGGCAGGUACUAUAGAUGCCUUGGAAAUGAUGGAUGAUGACAAGGUUGACCUUGACCUAAUAGCAGCACUUAUCAGACACAUUGUUUUGGAAGAGGAGGAUGGUGCAAUUCUAGUGUUUCUUCCAGGAUGGGACAACAUCAGCACUUUGCACGAUCUCUUGAUGUCACAAGUCAUGUUUAAGUCAGAUAGGUUUAUUAUCAUCCCUUUGCAUUCGUUGAUGCCUACUGUCAACCAGACUCAGGUGUUUAAGAAGACCCCGCCGGGAGUAAGGAAAAUCGUGAUUGCUACCAACAUUGCAGAGACUAGCAUUACAAUAGAUGACGUGGUGUUCGUUAUAGAUGGUGGAAAAAUCAAGGAAACUCACUUUGAUACACAGAACAACAUUAGCACAAUGGCUGCAGAGUGGGUUAGUAAAGCUAACGCCAAGCAGAGGAAAGGCCGAGCAGGAAGAGUGCAGCCAGGCCACUGUUACCAUCUGUACAAUGGGCUACGUGCCAGCCUCCUGGAUGAUUAUCAGUUACCAGAGAUCUUGAGGACACCCUUGGAAGAGCUCUGCUUACAAAUCAAGAUUCUGAAGCUUGGUGGAAUUGCUUAUUUUCUGAGUAAACUGAUGGAUCCGCCAUCUCGUGAUGCUGUAAUGCUGGCCAUUAAUCAUCUAAUGGAGCUGAAUGCUUUGGACAGACAAGAGGAACUGACUCCGCUAGGUGUACAUCUGGCACGAUUACCAGUUGAACCACAUAUUGGAAAAAUGAUCCUCUUUGGAGCUCUGUUCUGCUGCUUGGAUCCAGUGCUUACAAUUGCAGCAAGCCUUAGCUUCAAAGACCCUUUUGUCAUUCCUCUGGGCAAAGAGAAAGUGGCGGAUGCAAGAAGAAAGGAGCUGUCGAAGAAUACUAAAAGUGAUCAUCUGACUGUGGUGAAUGCUUUCACUGGCUGGGAAGAGACUCGUCGCCGUGGAUUCCGAACUGAGAAAGACUAUUGCUGGGAAUAUUUCCUGUCUCCAAAUACUCUCCAGAUGCUGCAUAACAUGAAAGGACAAUUUGCUGAGCAUCUGCUUGCAGCUGGAUUUGUGAACAGCAGGGACCCCAAGGAUCCCAAGUCUAAUACGAACUCGGAUAAUGAGAAGUUGCUCAAAGCUGUCAUCUGUGCUGGCUUGUAUCCCAAAGUUGCAAAGAUCCGGCCGAGCUUUAGCAAAAAGAGGAAAAUGGUGAAAGUUUGCACCAAGACGGAUGGCACAGUUAAUAUUCAUCCCAAAUCGGUUAAUGUGGAAGAAACAGAGUUCCAUUAUAACUGGCUUGUGUACCACUUGAAGAUGAGAACUAGCAGUAUCUACUUAUAUGAUUGUACAGAAGUGUCUCCAUACUGCCUGCUGUUCUUCGGAGGAGAUAUAUCCAUUCAGAAGGAUAAAGAUCAGGAGACCAUUGCUGUGGAUGAGUGGAUCGUUUUCCAGUCUCCGGCAAGAAUAGCAAACUUAGUUAAGGAUUUAAGACAAGAGCUCGAUGAUCUUCUCCAAGAAAAAAUAGAAAACCCCCACCCCGUGGAGUGGAACGAUACUAAAAGCAGGGACACAGCAGUACUGACAGCUAUUAUAGACUUGAUCACCACCCAGGAGAACGAAAGUGUCAGGAACUACGCGCCGCGGUUUCAGAGCGAACGCUAUAGUUGACGCACUUGGGUCUGUGUUGGUUCGAGCCGUCAUGCCCUGUUCUGUUUUGUUUUUUUUUUAUAGCAGUUGAGCUAGAGGGAAGGCCGGCCGGGGCCAGCGCUCAGGGCAGCUCCUGCAGCGGCCUCGGCCGCGUCUGUGUCUGCAUGUCUUCCGCGUCGCUUUUUAAAUAACAAAGCAGCAACGUUAGCGGUGUUAGUUGGUGUACGUUUGCUUUUGUCCCUCCUCUAAGUCCUGUAACGCUGCAGCGUUCUUUCCUCGAGCAGGGGCAGGAAUUCCGAAAGCGGCCCCUGCUCCGCUGAGCGCGCAGCGCUCCCCGCCGUCCCCUGCGGUGGCGGGGAGGGGCGGCUCUGCCGGGGCUCGUGCUCGGAGCGGGGCAGGAGCGGCAGCUGCCGUGCGUGGUGAGGGGACGCUGCAGCGCUGCUCCAUUCCCCUUCGUUCCGUCGCGGUGGAACGCGCCUGGAGGCUUCGUUGUGUUAUAUUGUUGUUUGUUUGUUUUAAUCGGUCCGUGUACGGGUUCGGUGUCACAUUAAAGGACUUCUCCCCGA